AUAUGAACCUCGUCGAGAGGAGUCUCGAUGGUUGCAAGAGGAGACGAUGAGAGCAAACAUACGGGUGAUGUCCUCCGCUCUAGCCCAUGGGAGUAUACGACCCCUGGAUAUCCUUCGGAGCCGAUCAUGGCGGAAGCAGCUGCCAUUUUCAUUUAUGAGGACUGAGUGGACAUGGUAAAGGUCGUCCAUCGCCUUCUCGAAGACGAUUUCCUCGAUGACAGUGAAAGGGGCCGACUUUGUCGCGAGGCUUAUUCUCACGAAGGCCUGGGAUGCGGCAAUACAUCGACUGCUAUUGAACAAGAAACGUCCUAUGAUGCCGGACUCACACAGUCAUAACCAGGCUGUUUAUUCAAGACCUAUCCUCCUGAUAGACCUUUUGACUUCCCUUCUUUCGGAACAGCGUUUACACAAGCUUCUACAGAGCACGCCUGAUAAUCGCAUCGGAGGAGCGACUUCUGCUGAAGCGUUCGAGCACGCAUACGUGUAUUUCACCCACUUUGGACGUGCCGCAUCUUCUAGCACGAUUAAUUCUGGCUCUGCGUUCGCGGCGUUCAUCCGUGGCAUGGCUUAUCAGUGCUCGCUUGGGCAUUUCCUCAUCGAUAUCUUUGUUCCUCUUGUCAAAGAGCAGGCCGCACGACCAGAUUUCGAUGUCGAUUGGCUACCAGUUGACCAGCUCCAACGCUUGGGUGUCAUGAUAUCUGUCGAGGAGGAGCAUAAUUUUUACGGGAGGAAUGAUAUUAUCAAUGCGGAAGCAUUUGGAUUUCGACGAAGAUACGGAUGUUGACGUGACUUAUAUUGACACCUCGAUGCAGCUUGCUGGAGCCAAAGUCCGUUGGUAUCAUCGUCUUCCUCAGGUUCACCCACGAUGCUGCCUGCUCCUUCAAAUACGAUUGGAUACUGCAACAGAACUUCUGCGGCAGUCUGACAAGAAGAAACAUCUCCGCUAUUAGUAAAUAUUUCUG